CUCUCUGUCUUUUCUUUUCUCACUCGGGACGCGUAAAGCGGAGUGCGAGCUGGAGCGGAUCGGAGCGGAUCGGCACCAACCCGCAGAGUUCUGCAGAGGAGGGACGAUCCAGCGGGAGGAAGAGGAGGAAGAGGAGGAAGAGGAGCGGCCGGCCAGCAGCGGGGCUCCGCCGCGGUGGAUUUUCUGUUUGCGCCUGUUUGUGUUUUGUGCGGGGAAUGUGCGGCUCCUCCUCUGCGGCUCUCCAACUUUGUGACUCUGAGCUCUGAUGCGGAGACGCGGCGCGGAGGAUGGGAGAAAGCUGGAGCUCCAGGUUCCUCACCGUCCUGCUGGCUCUUCACGUCGUUCCUGUGUUGCAGACGGUGCUGGUCGGUGCUGGCGAAUGCGACUCGGUGUUUAAAGGUUUCUCAAACUGCCUGAUUCGGUUGGGGGACGAAAUGGCCAACUACCCCCAGGACCUGGACGACAGAGAGAGCCUGAACAAGAUCUGCACUUACUGGGAUAACUUCCAUUCCUGUGCCACGACGGCGCUGGCCGACUGCCAGGAGGGGGCGACGGACCUCUGGGAGAAACUGAAAAAGGAAUCCCGCAACCUGAAUUUCCGUGGGAGUUUGUUUGAACUGUGUGGCGGCGGAAACGGCGCGCCCAGAUCCGGGGGCCUCGGCUUGCUGCUGACCGCCCUGCCCACCAUACUGACUUGGCUGGCGUUUUAACAGGAAGGAGAAGAAAACAAAGUUAAAGAAAUAAAACACAAGAAAAUACGUCCAACUGAUAAAAAAUAAUUAAGAAACAGUGACAGCUACUCCUCCAUCCUGAAAAACACGACGUCCAGGACUGAGUUUGCAUUCAUCAGAAGAAAACAGCAGAAUUGGAUUUUUGCAGCGCUACGGCAGCCCGGUUGGCCCUGAGGGAGAGCUCGUCCAAUCACACGCCACCUCACCCAGAGGUCAAUAACAUGAAAUAUUCAACACGCCAUUGACCUGAAAUGAAGACAAUGAUGAAAUUUUGAUGGAUAUUCGCCAACUUACAAUUGUGGAAUUACAUAGUAUUAAAGUCAGCCAUGCAUUAUUGAUGUUGAGUCGGCCGGGCCUCGCCGGCGCCGACACGCCGGCAGGACGGAGAGCAGGGUUGCCAUUUAGCCUGAGGUACUAAUUCAUGUGUAACGCAAGACCAAGUGAAACUCCACAGAAUCAAUAAGACAAACCGAGACAUCGAGCCCAUCCAGAACCGAGGCAUCGAGCCCAUCCAGAACCGAGGCAUCGAGCCCAUCCAGAACCGAGACAUCGAGCCCAUCCAGAACCGAGGCAUCGAGCCCAUCCAGAACCGAGACAUCGAGCCGACCCAGAACCGAGGCAUUGAGCCCAUCCAGAACCGAGGCAUCGAGCCCAUCCAGAACCGAGGCAUCGAGCCCAUCCAGAACCGAGGCAUCGAGCCCAUCCAGAACCGAGGCAUCGAGCCGACCCAGAGCCUCGGUUCCUACGGACUGCUUCUCAUUUUAACGGCAGCAGGUUGACUGAACACGGCAGCAGAGACGGGAUGUUAGCGAAAUGUUUGCUGUGCUAGCGGUUACCGUGCAGAGGCCGCGGUCACACCAGCUAGCAGAACGGGUCACGGCUACAUAAUUACAGGCAGCAGUGGUGACAAUAUUCACCUUUGACCUGAGCAGCAUUCUAUUAUCAGAAAAACACUUUCCUGAAUUUAUAUUAAAAUCAACAUGUUGCAUUUGGUGAAAGCACGUUAUGAUGCCGGUCCAGUGAAACUCGUUCUGCGGGUUCUGGUGUGACCUCGGUCGCUUGGCGUAAGUUUACUUUUAAAGAAAUAACAGAUCAGCUAAGAAAGUCUUAGCAUUUCAGGAAAUGGGCAUAAAACAUUAAAAUAAUCAUUUUUACAUCAUUUAUGAUGAGAAAACUGAAGGUAAAGUUCAUUUUGUACAAGAUCAACUCAGCUAGCCAGAGCUAAAUGUGGCUAAAGUUUGUCCAGAGUAAGUCAUGGUUAGCUUGAGUAGCAUUUGUUUUAUUAAACUUUAAUGUCAGACAGGAGCUACGUUGCAGUUUAUCAACAAUCUGACAUUAAAGCAGAUUCAGAGAAAACAUUUUGAGACAAAUGUGCUAGCAUCUGAACCUGAUGCUGUCAUUUUAUCAUGCAAGUUUGAUUCACAAUUUAGCUAACGUUAGCUUAAAUAUUAAAUCACAAAGUAAACCUAAGAGCGCCAGGUUAGCUAAGGUUUUAGAUAAUCAGUUAAAACGGCUCAUUAGUUUACCGAACUGAUGAGUCCAGAGGAACAGCUAGCUUAUGUUAGGCUAGCAACAAUUAGCAGCUAAGUCAGGUAGCAUACAUUCAGAGAACAAUAGGGGAUUAUAGUUCAAUCAGAUAAUAUAUCAACCAAAUUAUAGUCAGGUUAGCUACCUUCUGGUUAAAUAAACAACAGCUAUGUGUUUUAGGGUUUGCUAACAGCUAGUUAGCAGCUAAAUCAGGUGUAUUUUGAUUAGCUAAGAAUAUCAGACUACCUACAUCCAGAUGAUUCAGAUUAAAGAUUUGUCUAGAUUAGGCUGGAUUAAAGAACAUUCUGAACUAAACUGGAACAUUUGGUCAUGUUAACCUAAAGUUAAAAUAACACGGGUCGCUUAAAACUUGACCAAACGGAUAAAUUAAACUUUUAGGUUUUGUGAAGUUAGCUAACAGCAGCUACAAGCUAAAUCUAUGUUACCAGGUUGGAUUAAAACCUAAUAAGGCUAAUUAUAAUAUCAAUCUAUAAUACACAAUAGAUUUAUAUUUACGUUAGCCACAGAGACUCCUGCUAAUAACUAGCCUGUUAGCGAACUUGUGUACAUUAACAUUUAACUUGUCUACUUUAUUAAUAUUUAUUGUCCCUUUUAAAUGAAUAAACAUUAAAUAUUUAUAAUAUUUUGGAAACCAAACUGUGAAAUUGGGUCAAGGUAACUGAAAGUUUGGAUUAGCAUGAAAUUGUAUUGUAGCCUGUAAGCUAACAGUUUGUUAGCAUUAAAUCCGAUAUGAAACGAUAUGGAGAGAUCAGGUUUAAAUUGACAUCUUAGCUAAUUCAUGUUGCGUUGCCUGUCAUUUGUACUAGUAAAUAAAUCAAAUACUUAAAUUAUUUAAGUUAUUAAAUAAGCUAGCUAACAUUUUGAUUUUGUAUUAACUGCAUUUAUGGGAGAGUUACAUCAGAUUAAUUAGCAUUUGAUCAUUUUAACAUUGUUUUUUACCCUUGGCUUCAGUUUUUUUGCAGUUUCAGCAAAAAGCAAUAAGAUCAAUUUCCCAACUCAAUAAAAAUUAAACUUUGGGAAACUUGAGGCUUCCAUGUUUAGACGUUGUGCUCAUUUCCUGAAAUCCCAUCAGAUCCAAACUGAACAGAAACCUGAUGAACGUGGAGGUUUGGGAUUAUUUGGUUUAUUUUCUGUCUGUUGAAACAUCAGGAGCAGCAAUACGAGGAGGAGAGACGUUAUGGCCAGCGUAGCUGAAAAUAUGAAUAAUAAAUAAACCGUGGCUGGAGAGAGAUAUGACUGUUGCAUUUUAGCUUCAUCCCGUUUUCAUCCAGUGAUUUUAGUAGAUUAUCAGCGGUGACAUAUUUUAGGUCUGUGUUAGAAUAAAGAGGAAAGUCCCAACAGUAAAGUAGCAUCAUGAAAUACAGACAUUAUAAAUAUUAGGAGUUUAUUUCUGACAGAAACAUUUUCACUGCCUUCUAACUAAACAAUGUGAACUUCGGUUAGUUUGUUUGUUUGUUGCUUGGCUGGUUUGUCUCUUUGUUUGUUUAUGAGGAAGUUACAUAAAAAAAAGUUUAAAAAGAUUGAUUUCUAUCAAAAUCAUCUAUGAAGAGAAAAUAUACAGUACAUGAAUAUAUGAAAAGGAUUUUUGAGAAAAACUGAGUGAAAAAAGUUUUAUUAUUAGAGAUAGUUUAUCCCAAACAGCAGAUUGAUUAUUUACAGAUUAUAUAGACCUAAAGAAAGAUCAAAUAAACAACUGAAGAAAUGAAAUGAUGAAGAAUAAAAGUCAUAAUGUUUGAA